UCCUCCUCAGCCCGAGCGAGGCACCUCUCGUUCCCGUGAACGCUUCUCCGCCGCCCCUCUUCUCCAUCUUCUCAGCCCUAGGCCCCAACUCUGCGUCCCAUCCGGCUCUCCGGUCGCCCGUCUUCUCCAUAUUCUCAGCCCCAGCCCGACUUCCCCACCCGCGCCGCCUCCCCCAUUAUCGCAGUGUGAUUUCACAGGGUGUGUUCUAUCUCCUGCUCUGAAUUUCUCUGAAACUAUAAAGGUGGAUCGUUGAGGGAGCUUGUACUAGAGUCAAAUGUCAAAUAGAGACCCCAAGUACAUACCAAUAAGCGUGAGCGCACGGUCGGAUUGCGCCGUGCAAAUGAGCUAUGACGUGCCGCUUCUCGGGGCGCAAGAGGCCACGCGGCCGGGGAAGGCGCCGCACGGCGGGGGGCAAGACGACGGCAAUGCCAGCUUCGUGCGAACUUGCCUCAACGGCACCAACGGCUUGGCAGGUGUUGGGCUGCUGUCGAUGCCGUACGCGCUCGCGGAGGGUGGAUGGCUGAGCCUGGCGCUGCUCGCCGCCGUGGCCGCCACCUGCUGGUACACGGGCCUCCUCCUCGGGCGUUGCAUGGCCGCUGACCAGGCAAUCCGGACGUACCCGGACAUCGGCGAGCGCGCCUUCGGCCGCCGGGGACGCCUGGUCGUGUCCGCCUUCAUGUACGCCGAGCUCUACCUCGUCGCCAUCGGCUUCCUCAUCCUCGACGGCGACAACCUCGACAAGCUUUUCCCCGGCGCCAGCGUUCACCUGGGGCCCGUGUCGCUUGCGGGGAAGCAGCUGUUCGUCGUGCUGGUGGCGCUCAUGGUCGCGCCCACGACGUGGCUGCGCAGUCUGGGCGUGCUCGCCUACGUCUCCGCUGCAGGCGUGUUCGCGUCGGUCGCCAUCGUCCUCAGCGUGCUCUGGGCCGCGGCCGUCGACGGCGUCGGGUUCUCCGGGCGAGGCACUACCACGCCAUUGCGGCUCACCGGCCUCCCCACCGCUCUCGGCCUCUACACCUUCUGCUACUGCACCCACGCGGUGUUCCCGACGCUGUACACAUCCAUGAAGCAAAAAUCUCAGUUCCCAAAGAUGCUAGCGAUAUGCUUCGUGCUGUGCACGCUCAACUACGGCUCAAUGGCCGUGCUGGGAUACCUCAUGUACGGCGACGGCGUGCAGUCCCAGGUGACGCUCAACCUACCGGCGGCGAGGCUCAGCUCCAAGAUCGCCAUAUACACGACGGUGGUCAUGCCUUUCUCGAAGUAUGCACUGGUGGUCACGCCGAUCGCGGUGGCCAUCGAGGAGAGGUUUCGUGGCGUGGUAGGCGAGGGAGCCGCGGCCUCCGUGGCGGUGAGGACGCUGCUGGUGCUGAGCACGGUGGUCGUCGCGAUCGCGCUGCCCUUCUUCGGGUACCUCAUGGCGCUGGUGGGUUCCCUGCUCAGCGUGUGCGCGUGCAUGCUGCUGCCGUGCCUCUGCUAUGUCAGGAUCUUCGGAGCUACAUCUCUCACGGCUUUGGAGACGGCGUCGAUCGUCGGAAUACUGGUGUUGGGCUUGCUGGUGGCUAUAACAGGGACGUACUCUUCUCUUGUGCAAAUUAUCCAUGAGUUGCAAGUGGGAGUGUAAAAUGUCUAAUUCUUUUCUUUAGCUUAUCUUUUAGAUGAACUGGUUAAAUGAUAUGCAAUUUAAUACUAGUAUCA